CUCCAACGUUACCGCCCUUCGCAUGCCAUGGGUGAUGACAACAUGGACAUGAGCAACGUAAAGAUUGGCCCAGACUCCCAUGACAUGAAGCUACCCAGGGACCCGGACGGCGUGACCAUUCCCGCAGUUUCGCUCACCCACGAUGAAGGAGGAUAUAAGGUGUAUAAGCGGCGCUUUUUCGGCCUGGCACAACUGGUCUUGCUGAAUGUUGUCGUUAGUUGGGACUGGCUCACGUUUUCCGCCGUCUCCAAGACCUCGUCCGAGUAUUUUGACGUCUCUGAAGCAGCAAUCAACUGGCUCAGCACUGGGUUCCUUUUCGCUUUCUGCGUUGCAAGCCCUGCUGUGAUAUGGACUCUGAACAAAGGAGGACCCAAGCCUUCGAUCGUUGCGUGCGCUGCUUUGCUCCUCGUCGGCAACUGGGUCCGCUAUGCAGGGACAAAGGCAAAAGAUGGGAUCUUCGGCGUGACCAUGUUCGGCCAGGUCCUCAUUGGAUUUGCUCAACCUUUUGUCCUGACCGCCCCGACCAGAUACAGCGAUGCGUGGUUCAGUGAUCGCGGGCGAACCAGCGCGACUGCAGUUGCAACUCUGGCGAAUCCCUUGGGCGGUGCGUUGGGUCAGUUGAUCGGCCCAAUGUGGGCGACGAAGCCUAGUGAAAUACCAAACAUGGUGCUUUACGUUGCGAUAAUCUCAACCGUGGCAUGCAUCCCUUCGUUCUUCAUCCCUUCUCUGCCUCCCACGCCACCGAGCGCCGCUUUCAAUGUAACCCGCAUCCCGCUUACACAAAGCCACUGCAACCUCUUCCGUGCUCUCGAGUUCUGGCUCAUCUUCUUCCCCUUCGGAAUCUACGUCGGCCUGUUCAACAGCAUUUCCUCCCUCCUCAACCAAAUCCUCGAGCCACAUGGUUUCUCCGAAACCGACGCGGGAAUUACCGGCGCUCUGUUAAUCUUUGUCGGCCUAGCCGCAGCUGCGAUAUGCUCCCCCGUCACAGACAAACACAAACACCAUCUAGGUACCAUUAAGGUUCUCAUACCCAUCGUCGCAGCCACAUACAUCGGGUUUGUCUUCGCCCCAGAAGCGCCCAGCGUGGCAGGACCUUUCGUCGUCGCCGCCAUCCUGGGUGCAGCAAGCUUCGCUAUUCUACCCGUAAUCCUCGAGUACCUCGUUGAAAUCACGUAUCCCAUGUCCCCCGAGAUCCCCAGCACGCUGUGCUGGGUCGGCGGGCAGAUUUUCGGCGCGGUGUUCAUCCUCGUGGAGAACGCGCUCAAGGCCGGGCCGGACGCGGAUCCACCUAGGAAUAUGAAGAAUGCGCUUAUUUUUCAGGCGGUCAUGGCUUCCGUGGUCAUUCCGGCGCCAUUGUGUCUGGGCUUGUUUGGUAGGGAGGUGAGGAAACGGAGAUUGGAGGCUGAAGAGCAGGGAAGGGACCGAGGCGGAGCUGGAGAUGAGCUUAUCCCUGAAGACACGAAUGGUAAUAAUAAUAAAUAAUAAGAAUGCGAAGGCGAUUGGUAUGUAAUUGCCCAAGUCGGGUACAAUGCCCUUUCAUUCGGCCUUCCAUUUAGAGAUCAGGUAACGUUUCCUUUCAUAUACCUUUAUCUAUUUUACAUUCCAUCCACCAGUAUUAAGCAGACCUUUCACCAUCUCUUUUGGCAAAGAUGUAUGUAUGUACUACAUCCGCUACCUUACAAUGUUAGGCACAGGUAGAGCUUAUUGUUUAAUCACAUAAACAUCUCAAACCAUUGUUUCUCUGA